CUGAGGUCCAGGCACCCACCAGCGUCCCCUCGGUCACCCUCAGAGCCCACCACCCUAACCCCUGUCUUGGGAGGUUCUGAGACAAAGUGGGGCCUGUGGCCUGUGGGGCGCGGGGUGGGUUUGGGACCCCUGCCACAGAGCCAGCCGAGAGCCGCAGGAGGGGGGCUGCAUGCUCUGCCAACCCAACAGAGGUCGAAGCUCCAGGGACCAGCCCCCAGACCAACGCCCACCCCUUGCCGGCCCCACUGUGAUACAAACUAAUGAAGAUGGAGUCUCUGCCGCCGUAUCACACAGCCCACAGCGCCUCCAGGGUGGGCAUGUUCAACACCGCCAUGGGGAAACUCCAGCGACAACUGCGCAAGGGAGAAUAUGACAUUUUUAAAUAUUCACCUAUUUUUGAAAGCGACUUUAUCCAGGUCACAAAAAGGGGAGAAAUCGUCGACGUGCACAACAGAAUCAGAAUGAUAACGGUGGCCAUCGCAUCCACCAGCCCCGUCCUCCCGCUCCCAGAUGUCCUGCUGCUGGCCCGCCCAGCCACCGGCUGUGAAGAGUACUCCGACCAGGGCCAGGCCACCAAGGGAAAAGGCCGCAAGGCUUCGAUGACCCUGGAGCUCACCAGGCUCCUUCCCUUGAAGUUUGUGCGGAUAUCCAUUCAAGACCCUGAGAAACAACAGCUGCGCCUCAAGUUCGCCACCGGCAGCUCCUGCUACCUGCAGCUGAGCCCCCCUCUGGAUGCACAGGAAGACCUCUUCCCCUACUGGGAAAAGCUCAUUUCCGUCCUGUGGCCACCCGUGGACAGUCCCAGCAGAACCGAGGCCAUUGCAGCUGGGAGGAACCCAGCAGGGGCAGAUUUCCAAGGAAAAGGGGAUCAGGAGCCUCCAUGGCGGGGCCCAUAUUCCUUGAGGGAGUCGGCAGCAGGGGCCACGACCGAGGCGGCGGCCGCCCGGGAGGUCACGGCAGCCGCGGCAGUGGCGGCAGCAGGGACAGCAGCAGAGUUCGCAGCGGGGGAGGCCGGCAGACGCCUGGCAUUCGCCCGGCCCGGAGCUGCCGCCAAGUCUGCGGGAGAAGCCGCUCCGGACGGGUCGCAAGGCCAGCUCCUCUCCGACGCGCCGAGCUCGGCGGGCAGUGGGGAGCCGGCGGGAAGGCCGCCCCGCAAGCGCCGGAGGGAGCGGAGGGAGAGCCGGGAGGAGGAGCGAGCCCCGCGCAGUUCCCGCCACCACAGGGCCGCCGAGAGCCGCCACAAGGCCCCGGGGAACAAGAUCACCCCGAAAGCCUCCAGCCGCUCCUUAGGCGGCCACAGAACCGCGCGAGAGGACGAAAAGCACAAGGGCCCCAGCAGCCCGGCGCGCGGCAGACACGCCCCCGACAAACGCAUGAACCACGCCCCCAUCGCCGAGGAGUCCGGGACCUCCCACAAGUCCGGGCAGAGCCUCUCCGCCGGCAGCUGGGGCUCAGGCACCAAGAGGCUCAGCAGGAUCAGCUCCAUCCAGCGGAAGAUCAUAGCCAGCCUCAGCGGCAGAGACCUGGACGUGGUGAAGACUGCGGACAGGAGCGGUAUGGAAGCCAUCGCCGAGGCGUAA